UUUGGACCGAGCCUCACUUUCUAGUGCACCGUCUGAAGAAGUUGCUGGCUAGUGGGCGCCCCCGGGUUCGUCGACAUGUCGGACCUAAAACCUAAAGAAUUAGAGAGUGCGGAGUUCGCUUUUGAAGUUUUUAAAACGGAUGGCACUUUGGACGCCACCCUGUUGGGAAAAUUCGUGUAUUGCUGUGGACUUAACCCGAGCGUCGAUAGACUUAAAAAGUCCGGAAUGGCCGAAAAGGAAGGACAAAAAAAGUUCAAAUACGAGGAACUCCUGCCCAUCAUAAGCGAACUGAAGAAGGAGGUGAAAGACCAGGGCUGCUACGAGGAUUUCAUUGAAUGUCUCAAGCUCUACGACAAGAACGCCAACGGACUGAUGUUAUCCGGCGAACUGUCCCACUCCCUGUUGACCCUAGGCGAGAAGUUGACAGACGAUGAGGUGGACGAGUUGCUGACCGACUGCCUUGGCGAGGAGGACGACGAGGGACAAAUCGAAUACACACCCUUCUUGAGGAGAAUGUGCGAGUUGGACCCUCCCCUCAAACCAAAGAAGAAGAAGUAACACGUGUUUUGAGGCGAACUGCAAUCGUACUUACCUGUUUUAUUAUAAACCAAAUUUAUAUAACGCAUAUAAAUAAAGCAUGACUUGA